GUUAAAAAAAUGUUUUGGAAACUAAUUAAAUAAUCCAAUUAUAAUGCAUUUAAACACACCGGUUAAUAUGAGAUAAUCACAACAUAACAGCGUUAUUACAUUAAGAUGGAUAGACUGCCAAAAAACUCCGCGGACGUUCUAUGUAAAUUAACAACAAUAUUAUUUCUAACACUCAUAACAAAUGUUUCAUCGAGCUUCGACAUUAAAUUCAUUGCGGAAAACCUGAGCCAAGAUAUAAUGGGUAUAAAAAAUAAGGAACUGGGAGUUUCAUUCAUUUCUGAGUUUUACAACAACUUUAAAUACAUAUCUGCCAGUUCUGAAGUACAUGAUGAUGUCGAAGCCAUGGCUCAGAAACUUAACAAUACAAUAAAUGAAGUGUUUCUUUCUUUGAAUAAUGCACAGUUAAUGUUGGAGGAGAUGGUCUACAACAGCACAUCUGAUCUCUACACUCUUGUUCCAUGUCAAUUACAGAAAAACAGUGAUUUGGAUGCUGGUGGCCCUUUUGAUAAUGAGAUUAACAAUCACUAUAUAUUAAGAAGUAAUAAACAGAAAAUGGGUUCCAUCAGGCAUGCAAUAAAGCAGCAAUACAUUAUAACAGACAUAAACAACACACAAACAAAAUUUUCUCCAUUUUCAACAUGUAAGGAACAUGAUGACACAUUGCUGUGGAAGAAUUACAUUAAGAGAAACAAAUACACAAGGAAAAACGUGAUCUUAUUGUUAGAUCAUGGGGGAUCAUUAAGUAAAAAGCAAUUACUAAUUGUAAAAGCAAUUGCUAAAGAAAUAGUAAAUUUAUUGAAUGAGACUGAUAGGAUAGCAUUAAUUGGUAUUACUGAAGAGCUUAUUAGUCCAAAUCCAGACUGUUUUAAAUCUAAGAACCAGUUGAAGCCGUUAAACAUUACACCUACAUUACAGUAUGCAAGUGCCUCACACAAAUAUAAUCUUUUUAAAUUUAUUGACUCCUUAAAAAGAGGACAUGGUGCCACUAAUCAUACAUUGGGUAUAGAAAGUGCCUUACAAAUAAUUUUAAACAAAACUGCUGACCCACAAGACUCCAUAAUGAUUUUAUAUGUCAGUAGAGGUUUAUUGUCUUCCCUCACAGAGGCCAAAAUAGUUUUACAAGCAAUUGAACGGUAUUCAUCAGUGAUCAACUCUUCCUUUAUCAUAAAUACAUGUGCUGUCAUUGAUGAGUCCAAGUCAGUAAUGUAUGAAACUGAUUUUUUGAGGGACAUAGCUGAACAAAAUUACGACAAAUAUGUGAUCCCACACAAAAAUAAACCAGUAAAUGCAGGCCUGAUGUUGGCCAUUAAUUCUACCAACAGUGUGGGUUAUGCUGUGGCCCUUUUUUAUGAAAUGUUUAAUCCUCAGAGGCUGUUCAGUGAGGAACAGCGAGUGUCUCUUCCUGCAUAUGACACAGUAACCAAAGAUCUCUCUGUUUCAUUCACAAUUGGUGGCAAUUUUCUGGAGAAUCAUUUUUCAGUAUUGGGGGUGGAUGUGUACUUCUCUAACAUUGCUGAGGACGUUACUUACUAUAGUAGUAAUCAACAACAUUCAUAUGCGUUUUUGUUAGAUACAACAGGUUUGGUUUUAAUGCACCCUUCCUAUCCCAGACCUUCAACAGUUAAUCAUCAAAUAUCUUUCAUUGAUAUUGGUCGCCUGGAAAAAAUACCAGACAUAGACAACUUUAAGGUAAAACUACUGAGUGAAGAAAAGGGUGAAUAUAUUUCUUCUCAAGGAAAUACAACAAAUGUGAGGAAAUAUGUUUGGAAAAGGGUAGGACAGUGGUAUAUCAUCUGUGUGGCCAUAAGGAACAAGUAUGGUUCCAGAAGUUGGCCCUUUAGGGCCAGUUUACAUCCUAGUGCUUCCAAUACUAAGUUGUUCUAUCAAAAUUUGGAUUCAUUCCAUGAUUACAAGUUGUGCAAGCACUUCAUUCAAUUAACCACCAAAGAUGUGCCAUCAUUGUACCUGAGUAUGUCCUGUUUCAACUCGCCUUUCCACGCCCUAAGAACCACCCAGGAUAAAUCUCUUGCUCAAGGUUACUGGGCUUAUCUGAAGGACGAGACUAGACUGCUGGCCAACCCUGGUUUGAAGAAAGGAGUACGUGACGAAGUCGUUGCCCUGAAUCACAUUAUGGAGUUCUUAAGGAAACAGCACCUGACUUCUCUGUUGUCUAAGUAUAUUGUUAGAAGGUACGCGACUUCUUUUAGUGGUGUCUUACAGAUGUUUCCUGGUGGUGUUGUUGGGUCAGUACUGGAACCGACGAAGAGAUCGUGGUUUUUACGAGCCAUACAACACCAGGAGGAAAACACUAGUAGGGUGGUCUUUGUGCCUCCUUACUUGGAUAGCAGUGGAGCCGGUUAUAUAGUCACAAUGGCGUAUGCAACGGCACAAACUGUCGUUGCUGUCGACCUCACUUACGGAUAUUUAUAUAGAAUGAUGUUGGAGUACAUGCCAUUCUGUAUUGAUGACAAGAUUACUUGUUUUCUUAUGGAUGACCAUGGAUAUCUAAUAUAUCAUCCUAGUUUAAUGGUGAUAAACGAAGCUAGGCCAGCCAUAGAACAAAAACAUAUUGUGCACAAGGAGACACUGGUGGCUAACGAUAUACUGAAUCACAAGCAUUUCAUCCGCAAACUGUUGUGCAACAACUACAGCAACAACACCAUACAAAGAUACUACAGACUUAACACAAGCUUCACGGACGUAUUGGCCAAUUAUGUACCUGGUGAACACUGCGUAACAUACCGCAUAACUUCGGUACCCAACACGAACAUUUUCGUGGGGGUUGUUAACGCAACCUGUGAUGGGGUGCCAACCUUCUGCCCCUGCAGUGUGGUGGACAGACUGUGUCUGAACUGUAACAGAAUGGAGCAGAAGGAGUGCGAAUGUCCGUGCGAGUGUCCCUUGAACGUGCACGACCAGACUUGCCCCAACGUUAACCAGAACAUAACUGAUAACGUGCCUUGUCUUUGGUACAGUGAUGAGGACGAUGUGUCUUUGGAAGCGGCAACCUUUCACAGCGACUCAGACAUAUCCAAUUUUGAGAAUUGUUUUCCUGUUAACUGUCAGGUUGAGCAGUCCUAUUUGGACUGUCUUGGUUUAACUGGUUGUGAGUGGUGUAAAUACGACAUUGAUGGCAAUUAUUUGGGUAAACCGUUCUGUACAUCCAUCUCCGCUUGUUUUAAUGGGGUUUUCGGGUCGGUAACUCCCUACAAAGAGUACAAUUCCAACUUGUUGUCUGACCCAGUGAAUACUGACCUAAGUCCGGUGGGCCCGAUUUUGGGGUCAGUCAUUGCCAUGUGUAUUUUAUUCAUACUUCUGUUCGUCUGUUAUCGUUCGUACACGACCCCCUCAACCGAACGCCUAUACCUGUCUUCCACCCAAGACAAUCACCUACGAAUGAGCGACCUGAACGUGAACGACAACUACCACGACCUGGGCCACAACCACCGAGACAAACUGUUGGAGGAAGACACCGGCGGCACCAACCGGGCGGACAGAGUGAUGUCGCCCUACUGCGUCGUCGCAGUGGCCAACACGUACAGGAGGGGGGCCAGCAGGGCCGCCAACACGGCCGACUCGGACCACGGUUACUCCACAAUGACGCCGCCCCACGAGGAAAGCGACCACUUCUCGCUGGCCCCCAAGCCACGUCGUGCCAUAGAACUGGACUCGCUGGAGGACGACUCCAACGAUUUCACGUCCGACAACGCGUCCGUUCGGACGAGCGUCAGCCUGAACACGCCCAAUCAGGGCAAGCAGAUGUUCACGCAGCUCAAUCCGAAGAAGAAUCCGAAUUCGAUCGUGGUGCCGGUCACGGUGCACACUAGCAGGAUGGACGCGUCGUGACAAACGUUUUUUUUCUUGCCAUAUAUUUUUGUUUGUUGAUGCGAUUCGUUUGUCAAGUCGCUAAUUAUUUUCAGUAGGAAGGACAAGGUGUUGUGUGUAUUAAAAGGCGUAAUCCAUUUCGGUUGUGCACCAUUAAAUGUCUGAAAUAAUUGUUACCCUUUCGACCUUAAACAUUGUAAAAAUGCACCGUCCAUUUAUAAAUAAAGGCAAUAAUUUUCGAUUGCAUGAAAAAUGUUUUAUGUCGUACUCGUAAGAAAAUGUAUAUAGUUUUACAAUUUUGUACUUGUUAUGUAUUAGUUUUUUAAUGCCCCCCUACCUGCUGAACAAUUGUAACAUGUGUAAGACUAAAUUAGUUUUAUUUAUUUUAAGAACUAGGCUGCUAGAGUGUAUAAAGUAUUAUUUAUACUAAAAUGUAUUUUUUAAUCCUUGAUUUAUUAUGUAUGUGUUCUACUGUUUUAACGCAAAACAAUAUUGUUGAACAAUGCAUUUAUUAGUCCCCAAGUGGGACAUUUUUUAUUCUGUUAUUAUAAACAGAUUCGGCCAUUUACUUAAAAUUGCGGUCCUUAUUUUAAUUAAUUUAUCACACUGUUUCAAAUGCAUGUUUGUGUAUUUGUUCCUAAAUUUGACUGAUUUUUAAUUAUUGUGAAAACUCCGUUGAAAACGACGGAAAUGUUUUGGUUUUAAAGUAAUUUUUUGUAUAUAUUGUAAUAUUGUAUUUUUUGUCCAGUUAUGCCGGCGUUCUGGCCAUUUCAGUAUUAAUAUUUUUUACUUAAAUUUUACCUGCUUUGUCUUCAUUGAUAUAUGUUCCUUUAACAUUUAAUUAAUAAAUUUAUUACUGUUCCUUA